AACAUGGCGUCCACACUGUUGAAGGUUGCAGUAUCAGGUGUUUCCAGAUGCUCCCGCAUCAUGCUCCUCAGGGGACAUUCAACAACAGCGGCCCUUCAACAGGGAAUUCCUGGAUCGCUUUGGAAGCUGGGAAAGCUGAACCACAUUGCCAUCGCUGUGCCUGACAUGGAGAAGGCCACAGCUCUGUACCGGGAUGUACUCGGGGCCACAGUGAGCGACAAGGUGCCCCUGCCUGAGCAUGGCGUCUACACAGUGUUUGUGGAGCUUGGAAACACCAAGCUGGAGCUGCUCUAUCCUUUGGGGGACAAGAGCCCCAUCUCUGGCUUCUUACAGAAGAACAAAUCCGGAGGAAUGCAUCACAUUUGUAUUGAGGUAGACGACAUUAACGCUGCCGUGGCCGACCUGAAGGCAAGGAACAUCAGAACGCUGUCAGCAGAGCCCCGAAUAGGUGCCCACGGGAAGCCGGUCAUGUUCCUUCAUCCCAAAGACUGCGACGGUGUGUUGGUGGAGCUUGAGCAAGCAUGAAUGUGGGAGUUGUUCCUUCACAUCUAGAAAUGUCACGGCCAGAUUAUCGUGGUGAUUACAGUGUUACAAAUCCUCAUUGUAACAUUUUCCGAAAACAUGCUCUUGGUUUUCUUCUUCUGUUGGGAAAUUAUCAUAGUGUGGUGUGUCUUUUUACAAUUACCAUAAAUAACAAUAUUAAUAACAUAAUAACAAUAUUAUUCACUGACUUUUUAAUUUUUGUUUUCAUUUAAGUUUGAAUAUCUUUCUGUGCCGUCCGACAACCCCAAAAAUCUGAAAAGAUGGGACAGCAUGGAUUAUUCAAAUAAAACACUUUCUGCAGUUUAAUUGCAUCUACUUUACAAAAUUUACUUUGACUUGUAUUUUAUUAUAAAAUA